GCAGAAAAUGGCGAGUGUGUUGUGUUGAUAACAGAAGUGAAAAAUUAAAUAUGCAACUUGCAAAAUGUUUAUUUAAGUCAAUAUGAUUUUUAUGUGAUAGGACGUGAAUCGGUACGUGAUUAUAAUUGGGAACAAGAAGAAUUCGCCAUACGAUUUUAAAAUAUGACAAGUCCAUCGCCCCAAAGUAGCCCGAUGCCACCGCCCCAAGCGCCAAGCCCAAUGGGACCCCCGACCCAAAGUCCCGCCCCUCCCCCGUCGCCUCACAGCCCUUACCAGCCCCAUCUCAACGGACCUAUUCCUCCAAACGCAAACUCCUCUCAGAUGCCUCAUCUGACACCUCAUCCACCACACAUCCCCCAACCGCACGGUGGGAUGCACGGCGCUAUGCCGAUGCCCCAUCCCAUUCAGCCGGGUCAUCACGUCGGUCAUCCGAACGGGGCGGGCCCUGGACAUGCGCAGCACCAGGCCCAAUCGAUUGCGCAGGCGCACCCGGAGAUGCCGGCACAGCAUUUGCCGCCGACUAAUCAGCAGUAUCCGAUGAUGCCGAUGGGUACGGUAUGUGCCCAAAGACAGAAUCCUUCGCCCGGACCUCAGGGUCAAGUUCCUGCCGGUCCUCAGCCGGCCGGUCAGCCGCCACAAUCGACACAAGGUCAAGAGAAUUUGAACGCGUUGCAACGCGCCAUCGAUUCCAUGGAGGAGAAGGGCAUGCAAGAGGAUCCCCGAUAUUCCCAGCUGUUGGCCCUUAAGGCACGCACCAACGGCAACACUUCGGCUUUCAGUCAGCAACAAAUGACGUUGCUUAGAAAUCAAAUAAUGGCAUACAGAUACUUGGCAAGGAACCAGCCAGUUCCUUCGCAAGUUUUAAUGGCCCUCCAGGGCAAAAGACCGGAUGGAACUCCGUUAAGCCCUACUCCGCCACCAUCUAAUCAAUAUCCACCGCCAAGUGGACAACAGACACAACCUCAAGGUUUCAAAACAGCGGGAGGUCCGCCAGGAAUACCUGGCGGCGUACGUCCGUGCGGUCCGAUGCAGCCGCAACAGCAGCAAUCAUCCAAAAACCGUGUCACAUCCAUACCGAAACCAGCCGGAUUGGAUCCGAUAAUAAUUUUACAAGAACGCGAAAAUCGUGUGGCAGCUAGAAUUGCAGCUCGACUCGAACAAUUGGCCAACUUGCCCACAUCGAUGUCCGAAGAAAUGAGAAUGCAAGCACAAAUAGAAUUGAGAGCUCUUAGAUGUCUUAAUUUCCAAAGGCAGCUAAGAAGCGAAAUCAUCGCCUGCACUCGUAGAGACACCACGUUAGAAUCCGCGGUCAACGUCAAAGCUUACAAAAGGACCAAAAGGCAGGGAUUGAGGGAAGCCAGAGCGACCGAAAAACUCGAAAAACAACAGAAAUUGGAAGCUGAGAGAAAACGCAGACAAAAGCACCAGGAGUUCUUGACGUCCGUGCUGCAACACGGUAAGGAUUUCAAGGAUUUCCAUCGCAACAACCAAGCGAAACUAGUAAGACUGAAUAAGGCGAUAAUGAAUUACCACGCGAACGCGGAACGCGAACAGAAAAAGGAACAGGAAAGAAUAGAGAAGGAACGUAUGAGAAGAUUGAUGGCUGAAGAUGAAGAAGGUUACAGGAAACUGAUCGACCAGAAAAAGGAUAAACGGUUGGCGUUCUUGUUGUCUCAAACCGAUGAGUAUAUUGGCAAUUUAACUGAGAUGGUGAAACAGCACAAGAUCGAACAAAGGCGUAUACAACAGGAGGAAGAGAAGCGCAAAAAGAAAAAGAAGAGGAGGUUGAGGAUUGAAGGAGUCGAGAUCGACGAUGACGGUUCCCAGGGUUCCGAUCGGGCGGUGACCGUGAUGGAAACCGCCACCGGUAAGAAGUUAGCAGGAGAAGAUGCGCCACUUCUUAGCCAAUUGCAUGAAUGGUUGGCUCAAAAUCCAGGUUGGGAGGUCGCCGAGUCGGAUGAGGAUUCCGACGACGAAGAAAGUAAAUCAGAAACGAAAGGAAAGGAGAAAACUGAGGAAGAAAAGGCUAAAGAGGUGAUUAACAAAGCGAAAGUGGAGGACGAUGAGUACCAUAAAAACGCGAACGAGGAACAAACGUAUUACAGCAUUGCUCACACUGUUCACGAAAUCGUCACAGAACAGGCUUCUAUUAUGGUGAAUGGUAAACUCAAGGAGUAUCAGAUCAAGGGUUUAGAAUGGUUGGUGUCCUUGUACAACAACAAUUUGAACGGAAUUCUGGCUGACGAAAUGGGUCUUGGUAAAACUAUACAAACCAUAGCUCUGGUGACUUAUCUAAUGGAGAAAAAGAAAUUAAAUGGACCAUUCUUGAUUAUUGUGCCAUUAUCUACACUUUCCAAUUGGGUUUUGGAGUUUGAGAAGUGGUCACCUUCAGUGGUUGUCGUCUCCUAUAAAGGCUCACCCGCAGGAAGGCGUGCUAUUCAAAGUCAGAUGAGGUCGACGAAGUUCAACGUAUUGCUCACCACGUACGAAUAUGUGAUAAAAGAUAAGGCUGUCCUGGCUAAGUUACCAUGGAAGUAUAUGAUAAUCGACGAAGGUCACCGGAUGAAAAAUCAUCAUUGCAAACUCACACAAGUGUUGAACACUCACUACAUGGCCCCACAUCGUUUGCUGUUGACCGGUACACCUCUACAAAAUAAAUUGCCCGAACUCUGGGCUUUGCUGAACUUUUUAUUGCCGUCAAUUUUCAAAAGUUGUUCAACUUUUGAACAGUGGUUCAAUGCUCCAUUUGCCACUACUGGAGAAAAGGUGGAGUUAAACGAAGAAGAAACAAUUUUAAUCAUUCGUCGUCUGCACAAAGUACUUAGACCGUUUCUUCUAAGACGUUUGAAGAAAGAAGUUGAGUCACAGUUACCUGACAAAGUAGAGUACAUAAUAAAGUGCGAUAUGUCAGGCUUACAACGUGUUUUAUACAAGCACAUGCAAGGUAAAGGUGUGCUGUUGACGGAUGGUUCAGAAAAGGGUAACAAAGGUAAAGGUGGCGCAAAAGCACUCAUGAACACAAUCGUCCAGCUACGUAAAUUGUGUAAUCAUCCCUUCAUGUUUCAAAAUAUUGAAGAAAAAUAUUGCGAUCAUGUCGGAAUUGCUGGGGGUGUCAUAUCUGGGCCAGAUAUUUAUCGGGCGUCCGGAAAGUUCGAAUUACUCGAUAGAAUUUUGCCCAAACUUAAAGCCACAAAUCAUCGCGUCUUGCUUUUCUGUCAAAUGACUCAACUGAUGAACAUCAUGGAAGACUACUUGAAUUGGCGUGGAUUCGGUUAUCUACGUUUGGACGGCACUACUAGGGCGGAAGAUCGUGGCGAUCUCCUUAAGAAAUUCAACGCUAAGAACAGCGAAUACUUUAUAUUCUUAUUGUCAACAAGAGCAGGAGGUUUGGGUUUGAAUCUUCAAAGUGCAGAUACUGUUGUUAUCUUCGAUUCCGAUUGGAAUCCUCAUCAAGAUUUACAAGCUCAGGAUCGGGCCCAUCGUAUAGGACAACAAAACGAAGUCAGAGUUUUACGUUUAAUGACUGUGAACUCUGUAGAAGAACGUAUAUUAGCUGCAGCUAGGUACAAACUAAACAUGGACGAAAAAGUUAUACAAGCUGGUAUGUUCGAUCAGAAAUCCACUGGCUCAGAACGUCAUCAGUUCCUACAAACUAUUUUACAUCAAGAUGGGGAUGAUGAAGAGGAAGAGAAUGAAGUACCCGAUGAUGAAACGGUGAAUCAAAUGAUAGCUAGAAACGAAGGCGAAUUCGAACUAUUCCAGAAACUCGAUUUAGAAAGAAGAAGAGAAGAAGCUAAAUUGGGUGCGGCUAGAAAGCCACGAUUGUUGGAAGAAAGUGAGUUACCCAAUUGGCUGGUGAAAGAAGAUGACGAGGUGGACACUUGGAAUUACGAGGAAACUGAAAGUGUUUUGGGCAGAGGCACUAGACAAAGGAAAGAGGUCGACUACACUGAUAGUCUAACUGAAAAGGAAUGGAUGAAAGCUAUCGAUGAUAAUGGAGAGUUUGAAGAAGAUGAUGAGGAAGAGGAAAAAUUAAAAAAGAAGAAGAGCAGGAAGAGAAAGAAGAGGGGUGAUGACUCAGACAGUGAAGUAGGUUCGAGUUACAACAAACGUCGUAGAGGCGGGGCUUGCACGUCAACUGAUACAAAAUUGAAACGACAAAUGAGAAAACUAAUGAGUAUUGUCACUAAAUAUACAGACAGCGAUGGUCGUUUACUUAGUGAACCUUUCAUGAAAUUACCACCGCGUAAGGAAUAUCCAGAUUAUUAUGAGAUUAUCAAAAAGCCCAUCGACAUAAACAAAAUAUUAAAUCGAAUAGAAGACGGAAAGUAUCUUAGUUUUUUGGACGUAGAACGCGACUUUAUGCUGCUCUGCCAGAACGCUCAAAUUUAUAAUGAGGAAACUUCCUUAAUUCACGAGGACAGCAUUGUGUUGCAAUCUGUUUUCUCUAAUGCCAAACAACGAAUUGAGACUGACAAAGCGGAAUCCGACGAGGAAGACAAGGAGGAGGACAACAGAUCCGAUGGGGAUUCCGCAAUGAAAAUGAGAAUAAAGCUGAAGAACAAAAAGUCGUCCAGCAGAAGAAAACGCAACGCCAGAAAAUAUGUUUCGGAUGACGACGAUGACGACGAUGAUUAGAUAUAAUAAUAUUUAAUAUUAAUGAAUUGUGGUGCAUAUUAUAUUUAUCGUCAGAUAUUCUUUAGUCAGUAACUGUUUCAAGGGUUGAAUGCGACGGUAUAUUUUUGACUUUUUUACAAAACAAAAAAGGAUGUAUUGGCUUGUGAUUCACGAGUUGUGAAUAUGAAAAAAAUAUUUUUUUGAGAUUGGAAUAUAGGUUUAGUGAACUAUUUUUAUAAGGGUUACGAAAUCGUUUGUUAUUGUUAUUAAAAUCGUUAUUGUGUUUUAGUCGUAAUUUUGUUAUUAAUAUUACAAGUUUAAAAAAGGUGUUUUGAUUGAUUUUCACGACCAAAAUUUUGGACUUUAUUUUAAUUUUUUCUGGAUACAUCAAUUGCUUGUGGAUAAAAAUAACUGAAUAUAUUAUAUAGAGAUGCUUGUAUGAAAAAUUAUUUUGAUUAAAAUAAUAAAAAUAAAACUUACAAGUACUCUAUAUGACAAUUGUUGCCAUAUCAACAACCUGAGGGAAAAGCUGAAUAUUCACAAAAAGUUUUUUUUCUAAAUGUUAGAUUUUGUAAUCUGGCUAGGGAAUAUUGAAUCAGUCCCAUUUGUCUCACGUUUACCAAGUAUCUAUUACUACACUACAUUGCAAUAUAAUUCUGUGGAAAAUGUAGGAUUUCUCUUGUUUAUCAAUGUUAAUGGUGUAUUUGAAAUUAUAAGAUUUCUGAAUGUGAUUUAAUAUGUGGUAUACAUUUUUCACUUUAAAACCUAGCAUGUUACAUGUACAUCUUAACUUUUUGACUGUGAAUUUUUGGUUGUAUGCAAUAAAAUAUGUAACAACCAAGAA